AUGCCCCAUUUGCCAGAACUAACUAAGAAGGAGCCUUCCACAGGUGCUCUCAUAGACAACUACAAGUCUAGAGGCGAAGAUAUCGAAAAUGCGCACCACAAUGACGAGUCACGACUGGCAGAAGGAGUCCACUACGAUAGAAACAAGGCACCGGGUCUGCUAGAAAGGGAAAAGGCAAGCACAGAGAAGGUGAAUGUUGAAGGCGGCGGUGCUUCAAGUAGCAUGGUUGAUGGCCUCAGAAGAGGGAAUCCUUCUGGGGUUGCCUGA